AUGGCAUGGGCAGUAGAGCUGUCUCAAUAUAACUUGCAAGACGAACCCAGGCAGGCAAUCAAAGCCCAAGCAAUGGCAGAUUUUCUGGUAGAGGUCAUUGGUGACUCACCCGACACACCGAACACACGGUGGAAACUCCACGUUGACAGAGCAUCCAACCAAAUGUUCGGAGGAGCUGGCAUCAUCCUUGAGAACUCGGUAGGAGUAGCUUACGAACAAUCGAUCAAAUUCGAUUUCCCAGUCUUCAACAACCAGGCAGAAUACGAAGCAGUAAUAGGAGGGGAAGAGCUGUCAAAGGAUGCUCUUCCUGAAUGGAUUGAUUGCCAGCUGAAGAAAGAGAUUGUCUUGGGUUUUGGAAUUUUAAGCAAUGACCUGGCUGCCUUACUUUGUGAACCAGAUGAAAAUGGUGGAUUUACACUGAUAAGGCUAUUGUCAUCAGGAAAGUUUGAAUUGCAAAGAUAUCAUUCUUCUCCGGUUCCAGCUAGGAACUUAGAUUACUGCCAGAAACAAGAAUUAUAUUUGGACAAACACUUGCAUCCCUUAAGCGAGGAGGAAUACAAAUUUCCAAAAAGAUUUCAUUACCUAAAAUUGGCCUACUUUCAGGCAUAUGUAAGCGAUAGUCUUACUAAAUCACUACAUAGGAAACUAGAAAAGAUUCAUAUGCAAACUCGAUGGAAGGAAUCUUCUGCUACUGAAGUGCAUGAGUUUUUAUGCGAGAAAUUAAAUGCCUAUGGGUUUGGUCGGUUAAGAUCGUCUGCUGCAAUUAUUGCUGUCUUUAAAGAUAUAAAAUUACCCACAAGCGUUCAUGAAGUUGCUUUGAAGAGACUUUGGCCUGACUUGCCGAUGGAGAUAUUGCAAUUGGCAUUUUUGAAUUAUUCUGAAUGUCCGCAACUUGUAAACAAGCAUAAGAUAGCGCUAGAUUUUUUAGCUUUACCUGACCUUCCUCAGUUGCCUCCAUUCUUCUUACGGAAAUCUUCAUGCCACAGCAACGAUGACAUUGUGGGUCCAGUUAGGCCAUUUCCUUUUCUACUUGUGCUAAAUGAAUUUUACAAUGGUUGCUCAAGUUUGGAAGAUGAUGAGUUUUCAGUAGAAGCGGAGCUUGGACUUAAGUACAAUGAAGUAAUGAAGGUGGCAAGUGACAUCACUGUUUCAACACAUGGCUCUAUGGACCUCAAUGAUGAUGCAGUAUCUCUUUCUCAUGAUCAAGAGGAAGCUUGGGAUGGUUCCUUGAAACGAAAAUCUUUUUUGUCAUAUCGGCCAAUUGCAUUCAAUUGCUCCACUAAAGAUUUUGUUACGGAGAACUCUGUUUAUAGUGAUGGAAUUUAUGAUACAUUUAUGUUCCAUGUCCGGAAGCCUGGAGAGCAGACAAAACUUCAUGAAGGCGAGGUAUUUGAUGAUCAUUGCCCUGUUGAGUUGAGGCUUAAUGCUUCAUUGGAAAACUCGGAACCUCAAGGUUUAGAGGCAUGUAAUCUACUAAAGAAACAUAUGUCAAAAUGGGAACAACAUUUUGAUUUGUAUAAGGAGUUUUGUAUUAAUCUAGAUUUGAAGUGA